AUACAUGUCAGCACCACCACGACGUAGAUAGCAAACAGCGUGAGGAAAUCCAUGUCUCACCUGGCAGCUUCAGAGACACAAAAACAACAAAACAACAGGUGUUCACGGUGCAAAGUCACAGCGGACAGGAUUAAACGGUUCCAGUCUGUUGUUUUCUGAAUGAAGAGGAGACGUGAUCCACUUAAGCUUUCACCUGUAUUCAGGAGUGCUCCACACAAUGCGACAAGGCAUCACAAGACACCUGUUGGAUCUGGUUGCCGGCAUGGCCCUACACUCAUAUUACGGCUCACAGUGCUGGAGAGGGGAGCAUUACUCAGGAGCUCUGCACGCACAUCUAUGGAUGCUGUUUAAAAAGUCCUCAGCAUGCCGUCGUCCAAUCAGGGCUGGCCUGAGGAGUUUGGUUUCCAGCUCGGUGGGAAUGGACCGAGCUACAUCCUGUCUGUGGAGGAGGGCAGCAGCGCCCACCUGGCGGGGUUACAGGCUGGGGACCAGGUCCUGGAGAUCGAGGGCCACAAUGUGUCAACGCUUGGUCCCCAAGCUGUCAUGGCCAUCGCCCAGACUCAGAAGAACAUCCCUCCCAGUAUCGGAGUGGUGUCCCGCAUACAGCAGAUGGAUAUCAUACCAGGUCCAGAUGGUCGUUUCGGGUUCACCAUAGUGGGAGACUGCCCCCUGCUGGUGGAGGACUGCUCGCCUUGUUCUCCAGCUGGACGUGCAGGUCUGAGGGCCGGAGAUUACGUCAUGGAGGUCAACGGCAUCCCCGUCAGGCAGCACGAGACAGCCGCAGCACUGAUCAAGGCCUCCCAGGGAAGGACACUCCGUCUGGGGGUGCUGUGCCUUGGCCCGAGGCAGAAGCACAGCAUCAGCAUUGAGGACAGUCAGAUGGGAGGAGAGGGGGCGAGACUGGACCGUAAGCAUAAAGCUCUGGAGUUCAACAGGAAGGUUGACCAGAUUCUGGGCGAUGAACCUGAAGUGAAAGAGAAACUCUUCACUGUGCUGAAGCAGUACGCUGCCGAGAAGAGAGUUGAGUGGUUGGCCUCGGUCCUGCCUGACAUACUCACCACUGAUGAGCAUCGACAGCUCAUCUCCAGCAUCAGAAUCUUCAUUCCCAAGAAGCACCGGCAACGUUUCGAUGAGGCCGUGUCCCAGAACGUGAUAAACCGGCUCUGUCGCAGCAAGAGCAUCAGUGAACCGCAUGGCAGGAUCCGGCGCAGUCGGAGCGAGGAUCACUCCGAGCGCCAUCACGGGUCCAAACGAGCCAGCUCUGUGCCCAGAGAUGGAGAACCCGGAGGAAGAGGUGAGGCAGAGAGAGACAGAGCCAUGAGGAAGUCCGUCUCUGGGAUGCCUGCGCAUCCCCCCAUCGGACCCAAUCAGAGGAUCGUUCGCGUCUACAGGGGGAAGAAGAACUUCGGCUUCACGCUGCGAGGUCACGCUCCCGUCUGCAUCGACUCCGUUAUCCCAGAUAGUCCUGCUGAGGAAUGUGGACUGAAACCAGGCGACCGCAUCCUCUUCCUCAAUGGACUGGACAUGAGGAACUGUUCCCAUGAGAAGGUGGUGUCCAUGCUGCAGGGCAGCGGGGCGAUGCCCACUCUGGUUGUGGAGGAGGGUCCGUCUGACUACUCCCCAGACCAAACCGACCCAGAGGAAUCUCCAGGCCUGGCCCCCACCACGUUACCACGCUCCAGAUCUCCAGCUCUUAGUUCUCUGCAGUGGGUGGCAGAGAUUCUUCCGCCGAGCAUUAAAGUCCACGGGCGGACCUUCAGCCAGCAGCUGGAGCAUCUGCUGACCAUCCAGGAGAGGUACACAGUCUGCAAGGCUCUGGAGACCUUCUUCCAGCACAGGAAUGUGGACACUCUGAUAGUGGACGUGUUUCCGGUGUUGGACACUCCGGCCAAACAGCUUAUCUGGCAGUUCAUCCACCAGCUACUGACCUACGAUGAACAGGAGCGCUGCCAGAGCAAGCUGUCACGCUUCCUGGGUUUCAAGAGCAGUGCGGUGUUGGAGCCUGACGUAGGUACAGAGCACCACCGGCGAAGCAGCUCCAUGCGCGUGACGGGAACGUCGUACCGUGGCUGCGUCCGAGAGAGGAGCUCUGACGACUGCAUCAUCGGGACUCACCUGGGAAUGGGAAUUCAUGUGGAUGAAUCUGGGAGUCCGGAGGAGAGGCAGUCAGGAGAUGGAACCUCCUUCCCCGAGUCCCCUGACCUCAGUCAUAUGACAGGUGUGUACACGGAGCUGGAGAACGUGUACGCAGGGAAGAGUGUGACGCCACCGCAGGGUGGCUCCUCGGCAGAGCCCGAGGGCCCGGCACAGACUGAGGCCUACGGGCGCCCUCUUUCCCCUCUCACACUCCCCCCUCUCACAGGUAGCCGUAAAUCCGGCCUGUCCCUCUCCUGGAAGGAGCCUCUCCCAACUCCUGUGUAUGAGAUCCACCACCAGAGCAGCGUGGACUCCAACCCUUACGUCAGCCUGGAAAGUCCACCCGCCUCCCCUCAGCACUCGGAUGGCCCAAACACGUUGACCCGCCGCAAGAAGCUGUUCACCUUUUCUCGCCCGCCUCGCAGCCGGGACACAGACAAGUUCCUGGAUGCUCUGAGCGAGCAGCUCGGCCACCGGGUCACUCUAGUGGAUGACUUCGUACCCGGGGAGAAUGACUAUGAGGAGAUAUAUCAAGGUGGUUGUCAUGGUUUCAGAAGAAGAGUGGUGCCUAUGAGUUUCCAGGAGGACCAGGACAUGGGCUUCAUGCCCCGGCAGCUCAGCAGCGGCAGCAGCGAGGAUCACAGUAGCAGCGACGAGGCCUCUUCUCCCUCCUACUCCUCAGGAUCCGAACCCAUCCCACCACCUCCCACCCAGAGUCCCCCACCUCCUCCACCUUUCCAGUCUCUCAUACCCCCUCCUGUUCAAUUCACCGACCCCCUGCCGCCGGUCCGCUUCUCCCCUGAGCAUGUCCCCCGAAGCCGGAUGCCCUUCCAGCCCCACCACCCCAUCAUCCCUCCUCCGCCACCCCCUCCGAGGACCCUCCUGUCCAGCCGCUCUCCUCUACACAAAGUGCUCCCCACCAGGGAAGAACUCGAGAAAACUCACCAGCGCUUCCAGGCCACCUCCACCCGCCUCUCGCACGUCCACACCACCCUAGUCUCCACCACCCUGCGGUCUUCCCAGCCGUCCCGCCCCAGCUACCUCCCCCGGCAGCUCAGCCAGCCCCAACCUAUCCACCAGCCGCCCCCGCAGCAGCCCUCCCCUCAGCUGCUGAGACCGAGCCAGAUCGUCCUCCAGAGGCACCACCAGCUCCAUCACCAACACAGUUACCAGGGCCCUCUGCCGCCGUCCCUGCAGGAUCACAGCCCGUCACAGUGUCAGAGCCAAGGCUCCUCACUGCUCUCCCAGCCUCCGGCAUCACACUCCACCCUCCCCAGUCACACUAAAACCUACGAAAGCCCCCGACAGGAACACCAGACACAACAGGCACAGCCGCCACCACCUCCACCCCUGCCCCCACCCUGCGAACCGCCCCCACUGCCCAAGCAAGGCCACCACGCAUCGGACACCAACCACAUGAGCGUGAAGAGGCUGCGCUGGGAGCAGGUGGAGAACUCUGAGGGAACCAUAUGGGGUCAGCUCGGAGAGGAUUCAGACUAUGACAAGCUCACUGACAUGGUGAAGUACUUGGACCUUGAUUUGCACUUUGGGACUCAACGCAGAUCCAAGCCGGCCUUCUUGCCAGAGAACUUUAAAAAGAAAGACGUGGUGGAGAUUCUGUCUCAUAAGAAAGCCUACAACGCCUCCAUCCUCAUCGCCCAUCUGAAGCUCUCCACCACCGAGCUGCGUCAGGUCUUGAUGAAUAUGACCACCGACCGGCUGGAGCCCGCUCACAUUAAGCAGCUGCUGCUCUACGCUCCGGACGACGAGGAAGUCAAACAGUACGAGCAGUUCGACCAGGACCCGGUCAAACUGAGCGAGCCCGACCAGUUCAUUUUCCAGAUGCUGAUGGUGCCUGAGUAUAAGACCCGUCUGCGGAGCCUCCACUUCAAGACGACCCUGCAGGAGAGGACGGAGGAGAUGAAGGUUGCGUACGAUUACAUCUACAAGGCUUCAGUGGAGUUGAGGAGCAGCAAGAAAUUGGCCAAAAUCCUGGAGUUUGUACUUGCAAUGGGGAAUUACCUGAACAAUGGUCAGCCCAAGAGCCACAGGACAACCAGUUUUAAGAUCAACUUCCUAACUGAGCUAAGCACGACCAAAACAGUAGAUGGGAAAUACACCUUUCUCCACAUUCUGGCCAAGUCUCUGUGCCAACACUUCCCUGAGCUGCUCAACUUUUCCAGAGACCUUACAACAGUGCCUCUGGCAGCCAAGGUGAACCAGAAGGCCAUCACAGCAGAGCUGAGUGACCUUCACUCCACCAUCCAGGACAUCAGGACGGCCUGUCUGAAGAUCCCGCCCACCUCUGAGGACCACUUUGCCUCCGUCAUGAGCAGCUUUUUAGAGAACAGCCACCCUUCAAUCCAGUCUCUGGAGUCUCUGCAAACCCGAACAAUGGAGGAGUUCUCCAAGGUGGCCUCCUAUUUCGGAGAGGACAGCAAGACCACCAGAACAGAGGCCUUCUUUGGUAUAUUUGCAGGCUUCAUCUCCAAGUUUGAGAGAGCUCUCAGCGAGACCCAGACUCCAGAAAACCCCAGAAGCCCCAGACUGUCUUCCCCUCUGGCCUGGUAGAAGCAAGAAAUGCGGGCGGAUGUCGGGCCAAACCGUCAGGCCGACCGGCUCCAUUUUCACUCUGCUCUCCACAACCAAAGUGCCAAGAUCACACACAGAGACACUCAAACCAACGGGAACAGAGACCACGUCAUCUAUAGCAAACAGAGUGGAAAAUACACUGUAUCUAUGUGUAGAUUAUCAGUUAAAUAAUGAGUGGCCCGUUUGCAGCGUUGCUGUUAUUUCAGGUGCUGGGUAGAGCAGGAACAUUCAGGUGUCCACAGGUCAACAGGAACUCACCGCAAACUGACGACUCAGAUCAGUCAUUGCAGUAUUUACAUCUCUUUUUAAGACACACAGCAGUAAAAGAUACCAUCCAUGUACAUCGGAUUGCUCCAGUGCAUCUCGAUGCUGCGUUGAAAUCAGAUGUAAGUAAUGAAAACAACUGGUCUGAAUAUUUACAGAUUCCUUGCUAUGUUUAAUAUAUAUGACUAUAUAAAGUUUAUAUUUUCUAUCAGAUCACAUUUGAAAAUUGUAAAGAUUAAGCGUAGAUGUAGGCUGACGACAGUUAUCUGGUGAUUCACAAGCGUAGUUUAGUUUAGAGCCCAGCUGGACUGCUCGAAGUGAUGAGACUGUUCAUACAGUGGUGCAUUCACUGACUCCCAUACAGCAGGAAUUGAUUUAAAAAUGGUAGAUACUAGAGGUUUUUUUUUUCCAACAUAAACAUUGCUGAUCUAGACUUACAAAUGUGGUUUAUUCAUCUAACCCUACUGUGAAUUUAUAGGACAUCUAUUAUGGGAAUUAUAAUAAAACAAAUUUUAAAUAAUUAUAUUCCUUUGCCUCUACAGCUAAAGUCAAAGUCAUCCACACCCAGCUCUGGUUCACUUUUGUCCUUUGCAGUACACCGUAUAUUGGAUUUCUAAAUUCCACAAGACAAAGAUCAGUAUCAUUUCAAUGGAAGCAAAACAAGGUCAUAAAGAUUAACAUUUUUUAACAACAGAAUAACUACAUACUAGUGACUUUUAACCAUGACUGAAUUAUUUCAUUUAAUUACAUUUUUAAAAUUGAAAUAAUUAAAAUUGAAAGACUGUUCAUCUGAAUUUAUAUAAAUGAAUUCUUCUCUUUGGAAUUUAAAUUUAAAAUGUAUUUCUUUUUUAGGGCUGUGUUAUAUUCAACUAAAAUCUAAGUCAGGUCAGAAAAUCAGGAUAAUUAAAUUAUAUUGGUGAAAUUGAGAAAAAAAAGAAAAAAAAUCUAAAUUCAAAUACGAUCAUAAGCAACAAGUCUUAAAGGAUUUAGUAUUUUUUUUUAAUCUAUUUUUCGUUUAGUUAGAUGAUCCAAGAAAUAAAAGAUCAGGUAAGAAACUGGAAACAUACACAACCAAAAUUUGACAAUCCUUAAAAAAUAGUAAGUAAAAAUCUGAAUUUCAAAACCAGACAAACUAAACUGAUUUAGAUAUUUUAUUAUAAACAUGCAUUCAGUAUUGAUUACAUUUCACGAUUAUACAUUAAGUUGGUUAGAAAAUGUAAAAUAUUUUGGCCUUAUUUGGCUUCCAUAAAUUUCAGCAUAAUCGGUUACUUUUGAUGACAGUAAGACGUGUCCAUUGGAAAACAAUUAGCCUCCUUACUGCCGGUGAACCGGAGGGCAGUUGUGGUUAACUUUAGCUUCAGCUCCCUGUACGAGUGUUAGAUUUUUAACUGAGUGUCUAAGACAUGAGGUCAUCCAAUUUUAUUUAUUUUUAUUCUGACUUCUGUCAUCGCAUCCCAACUGGACUCAACUCAGAUCAUAAACAUCCACUGAAAUCAGGCCAGCUUGCAGCAGAUGACCCGAAAAAAACCUAAACAGGAUGCAUCAAAUCCAAAUGAAUUUAAGAACACGUUUAUUCGCAAAGCAUUCAGAUCAAUAAUGUUGCACCUGUUACAGAGACGCCACAUGGCACUGUUUGGCUCAAAGAGUCGAACUCGUGUGUGGAAUACCGCCACAGUUAGUGUUUUCUUUGUGUCAGCACAGGAAGACAAAAGGCAGAUUUAAUGUGAAAAGGCGCCGACAGAGGACGGCGAACAGUUCUGCACUUUGUCGAGUGUUUCUAGAGCCCUGUGUGAACAAAGAAGUGGGUCGCUGCUGAAUGAAUGUACGUCAGAUGCAUGUGGAAAAAAUAACAUCCUACUGUAAAUGGUCAUUUCCUGCUUUUCUGGUCGUCAUGGUGAUCUCAUGACUCAUCUACAGUACAGUGUACCUGUAGCUGUGUUGUAUCUAUGUUGAUGAACUAUUGUUGAGAUUGUAAAUCUACUGUUUUUGCUAUGCACUGCUCAUCAUUUUGUAUCGUAAUGCUUGUGUCUCCACCAAGUCUUAGUUUAUUUUCUUAUUCAAGAGUGUCAUCAGGAAAUGUUAUUUAUUCUUUAUGCGCAGCUUUAGUCAGGCUUACGAGGUGACUGUGAUCUCGUAAAAAUGCAAUCCUAGCUGCUACUAGUGUAGUAACGGUGUUUCUUGUCCAGAUCAAUUGCAUGUUGGUGCAGUUAAUGUAUUAAGAUGUGCAGCUGGUAGCAUUUACCCUCCCUGGAUAGUUAAGUUUAAAAUAAAUACGUUCCUGUUAGUCUAGUUAGGUUUAUUUAUUGGUUUUAUAACUGUUUUAUAUGUUUUCAUGGGAAGUUGCUCAUGUUUUGUGAUUGUUUGACCUUUAUGUUUUCGUUCAAUGCUUUCAAAUGAAGGAUAUGUUUUUGAUCUAUAAAAAUAUCAUGCUUGAAAGUCAAA